GCUGCCAUGCAAGCCUCUGCGGCCCCUCCGCUUCGGGCCUUCGGCGCCAUCCAACUUUUUUUUUUCUCUUGGACGCUUCUGCCCCUGCCCGCCGCAGCCGGCGCACGUGGUCGCCAUCCCGCAUCCCGACACGCCGGCCCACCCACAAAGGCCACAGACCUGUCAUGUGGGCCAUCCGGGCCCAUGACUGCCCCGCCGGCCCCGUCCCCGUCCCCAUCCCUUCCCACCAAAAUCUCCCGCCAACUCCACCCCUCUCCCGCCAAAACCAACCGACCCCGCCACGCGGCGCCGCCCGCGCGGGGCCUGGCCCACCGCGCAGCGAGACGGGCGCUCCGUUUUGCCGCGCUAGCCGCCCGCGCCGAUAUAAAAAGUCCGCGCGCGCCCGGCCGCACAGAACCGAAUUUUUUUUGGCGCGCAUCCCAACAGACGCCGCCGCCACCGCCGUUCCCCGCCCCCGCGUCCUUGUCCACUGCAGCCGCCGCCGCCGCCUCCUCGCCUCCCGCCGUCGGGAGAGUCUCGUCGCGGUGAGGGUUUCGCGUGCCUGGAUUGGCUGUGCUUCGAGUGGAGGGGGCAUGGAGGGAGCCGCGAAGCCGUCGACGAGCUCGGGGUCGGGGGUCACGGACGGGGCCUCGGGCGGCGCCAGCACAGCCGCCGCUGCCUCCAUGGAGGAGAGGUUCGCUGAUCUCUGCAAGAGCAAACUGGGACUGGAUGAGAGCACGACGCGGCAGGCAAUGCAACUUUUCAAGGAGACCAAGAACAUCCUCAAGUCCAGCAUGUCUUCCUUGGGCGGUGGAUCGCCCGAGGAGAUCGAGAGGUUUUGGUCUGCCUGUGUCCUUUACUGUGUGUCAAGGCUCAGCAAAGCAGGAAGGUCGAAGGAAGAUGGUGAUGUCUCACUCUGCCAGAUACUGAGGGCAUCUAAGCUGAACAUUGUGGAUUUUUUCAAGGAGAUGCCACAGUUCUGCAUAAAGGUUGCACAUAUUCUUACUGGCCUGUAUGGUUCAGAUUGGGAGAAGAGGCUUGAGUUGAAGGAACUGCAAGCGAACGUUGUCCAUUUAAGCUUGCUAAGCAGGUACUACAAGCGUGCAUACCAGGAUCUAUUCUUGUCAAAUGAUGCCAAGUCUUCAGAAAAUUCUUCAGAAUCAAACAACCAAGAGGCUUCAGAUUAUUAUCGCUUUGGAUGGUUGCUUUUUUUAGUCCUAAGAAUCCGAUCAUUCAGCAGAUUCAAGGAUCUUGUGACAUCAACGAACGAACUGGUUUCUGUGUUGGCUGUACUUAUCAUUCACGUUCCUGUGUGGCUAAGGAGCUUCAAUAUAAAGGAUUCACCCUACUUUGGUAAGAAGUCAGAUCAGGGAGUCAAUCUUAUUGCUUCUCUGUGUGAAAAAUAUCAUACAUCAGAAGAUGAAUUGAGCAAAGCACUGGAGAAGACAAACACUCUCAUAAUGGAUAUUCUGAAAAAUAAGCCAUGCUCUGCUUCAGAAUGUCAACAGGAUAAUUUGUCUUUUAUUGAUCCAGAAGGUUUGAAAGUUUUUAAGGAUUUGCUUCAGGGAAACUCGUUGAAAUCAAGUCUGCUAAUCCUAGAAAAGGAAUAUGACAAUGCAAUUAACUCAGAAGGAGAGCUAGAUGAGCGCAUGUUUGCUAAUGAUGAGGACAGUUUGCUUGGCAGUGGAAGUCUGUCAGGUGGAGCCAUUAAUUUACCAGGCACAAAGAGAAAGUAUGAUGUUAUGGCCUCACCUGCAAAAUCAAUAACAAGCCCAAGUCCAAUGUCUCCUCCACGUUUUUGUUUAUCACCUAAAGGCAACAGCUUUGGCAACUCAAAGAUGGCUCCUAUCACUCCAGUGAGCACAGCCAUGACAACUGCUAAGUGGCUUCGGACUACAAUAACUCCCCUUCCUUCAAAACCUUCUGGGGAACUAUUGCGCUUCUUCUCAGCAUGUGAUAAGGAUUUAACAGAAGACAUUACACGCAGAGCUGGCAUUAUACUUGGAGCCAUAUUCACAAGCAGUUCUUUUGGUGAACGCAUAUGUACCAAUGUGCGAAGCGCAAAUAGGAUGGAUGCUAUCUGGACGGAGCAAAGAAAAAUGGAAGCCCUUAAGCUAUAUUACAGGGUUCUGGAAUCAAUGUGUAGAGCAGAGUCGCAAAUCUUGAGUGGGAGCGGGAACAAUCUUACAUCACUCUUGUCUAAUGAGCGAUUUCAUCGGUGUAUGAUUGCCUGUUCUGCUGAAUUAGUUCUUGCAACUCAUAAGACUGUCACUAUGAUGUUCCCAGCUGUUCUGGAGAAGACUGGCAUUACAGCUUUUGACUUGAGUAAGGUCAUAGAGGGUUUUGUUAGGCAUGAAGAUACACUUCCCAGAGAGUUGAAGCGUCAUCUGAAUUCUCUUGAGGAACGGCUUCUGGAGAGCAUGGCAUGGGAGAAAGGCUCAUCAAUGUACAAUUCCUUGAUUGUUGCAAGGCCAGCACUGUCUGCAGAAAUAAACCGGUUAGGUUUACUGGCUGAACCAAUGCCUUCACUUGAUGCCAUUGCAGCGCAUCAUAAUAUCUCAUUAGGGGGCUUGCCACCUCUCCCCUUCCAAAAGCAGGAGCAUUCACCAGAUAAAGAUGAAGUCAGAUCUCCCAAAAGAGCAUGCACUGAGAGAAGAAAUGUUCUGGUGGACAACAAUUCAUUUAGAUCACCAGUCAAGGAUAUCAUCAAAUCGAAGUUACCACCUCUUCAAUCAGCUUUUGCAAGUCCAACAAGACCGAACCCUGCAGCAGGAGGUGAAACAUGCGCAGAGACAGGAAUAGGUGUUUUCUUUAGCAAGAUAGCAAAACUUGCAGCCAUUAGAAUCAGAAGUCUCUGUGAAAGAUUGCAACUUUCUCAGCAAGUUCUGGAGCGAGUGUACUUCCUCGUGCAGCAAAUCCUUAGCCAACAAACUGCUCUUUUCUUCAACAGGCAUAUUGACCAGAUCAUACUGUGCAGCAUAUAUGGAGUUGCUAAGAUAUCUCAACUGGAACUCUCAUUCAAGGAGAUUAUUUUCGGCUACAGAAAACAACCUCAAUGCAAGCCACAAGUUUUCCGAAGUGUUUAUGUUCAUUGGCCCCCAAGAUGCAGGAAUGGGAAAACAGGAGAAGAUCAUGUUGAUAUUAUCACUUUCUACAACGAAGUAUUUAUUCCUGCUGCCAAGCCUUUGUUGGUGGAGGUAGGGCCUGGUGCUAGUCCAAACAAGAAAGAAGAGGAAAAAGGUUCUGGUGAUGUAGGUCCAUUUCCAGAAUCUCCACGGCUAGCACGGUUUCCAAACCUUCCUGACAUGUCUCCGAAGAAGGUUUCUGCUACUCACAAUGUAUAUGUCUCACCGCUACGAUCGUCGAAGAUGGAUACUUUGCUCUCCCCAAGCUCAAAGAGCUACUAUGCAUGUGUUGGUGAGAGUACCUACGCGUUUCAAAGCCCUUCCAAGGAUCUGAAGGCUAUCAAUAACCGGCUAAACAGUGGGAAGAAAGUUAGCGGACGGCUGAACUUCGACGUUGUCAGCGACUUGGUCGUCGCCAGCAGCCUCAGCAGCGAUCAAAAUGCCAAGCCUGCAGCCAUGGAAGUGGUUCCGGUCAAGACGCCGGUGAAAAGUGAGCCAUCUGAGUCGUGAUCGACUCCGCGAUGCUGCAUCGCCGAUCCAACACAACCUAUGCUGAACUGUUAGGUGCCAGAUGAUCAGAGUUAGAUAUUAGAUGCCCUUUGUUUCUGUUUGUCUCUUGACAUGGGAAACUCCUCUGUGAGCAGCUACACCUGUUGUAAAAUAUAAGAAAGGCUGCCCUGAGAGCUCCCCUAACCUCCCUCACUUUAGUAGGAGCUAGUACCAUAGUCAUGUAACCUAACAGGUUGACAAGUUUUGUAAAUGCAAAAUGGUCUUUGUCUUGUCGA